ACUUCUUACACCACAUCAAGGAAAGCUCUUUGGAUGAGAAACAGCAGAUCAAAUAAAACACAAAAACUUUGCUGACGUUAUGAAUCAUUUUACUAUUUUCUUUGCGACACUUUCAUUGAUCGUCAUUGCACAAGCGAUGAAGUACAAGACUUUGACUGACGACGAAUCAGAUAUAUGUUGUCGAUUACAAAUAAAGGCGUGUUGUCAUGAAGGUAAGAAAAAGCGUGAUGAAAUCCUAAGUGACAAAGAAGCCAAGGCUGGGGUUGGUGAAAUUGGAAUUAUUUCAAAGGGAAAAAGACGUGAUGAAAUCCUACAUGACAAAGAAGCCAAGGCUGGGGUUGGUGAAAUUGGAAUUAUUUCAAAGGGAAAAAAACGUGAUGAAAUCCUAAAUGACAAAGAAGUCAAGGCUGGGGUUGGUGAAAUUGGAAUUAUUUCAAAGGGAAAAACGUGAUGAAAUCCUAAAUGACAAAGAAGCCAAGGCUGGGGUUGGUGAAAUUGGAAUUAUUUCAAAGGGAAAAAACGUGAUGAAAUCCUAAAUGACAAA